AUGGACAAUGAAUAUCCUGAGGUGAAGGAGGAUCCUGCUGCGCAAGGCCAGCCUGCACUGACUUCACCGACCAACGACUGGCACCUGGCCAACCCUGACAGGGAGUCCAUCACCGUCACGCUGCACGGUGCCAGCAACCUGCCUUCUGCCCGGAAGGGCGACGUGCCGCAUCCAUAUGUCGUCGUCAAAACCACCUCGGAGGAAGAAAGCAAACAGCCCGCCCAAGCAGUGACGCACGUGACUGCCGAGCCAACGCACUCUCCGGUGUGGGAGGAGAAGGUGACCGUGGAGGUUGAGUCGGCGAAGGCUGGCGAAGAAGUUAUGUCGCUAUUCGUAGCCGACAAAGACUCCAAGGAAGUCUUAGCAAAGUACAGCAUCCCCGUGAAGUACCUGCGCCCGUUCCACCAAUAUCACUGUGCCUUGAUCCUGCCUCGGAAGAAGGACCCAGUAGGAACCAAGCUGUACGCAACCAUCACUCGUAAAGGCAGCCUGAUCCCACGGUAUGCUGGAGUCCAGUACACGGGCCUGGAGGUUUUCCUUAAAGGAAUCAAUGAGCCCUUAGCUCGUUCUGAUGGCAACAUCGUAGCUGUUGGUCGAAUUGUGAACAACCUCGGGGCUUACAUGCGAGAGAUGAGGGCUCGGCCGCUCAGUGCCCCGCACGUCCCCACGACAGUCAUCAACUUCCCAGACCCAACGAUGGAAGAUUUUGACGUCCCACAAGUCAUGAACCACGGCCACCCACAGGUUUCCCCAGCUGGAGGUCCCCCUGAGCAGCCAACCUGGAACACCUCGUUCUUGUUUCAAGGAAGGGAUGGAGCGACCGCUUUCUCCGACGACACUGCCCUGGUGCUCGAAUACUACAGAGCAACACCAGGAAAUCUGGAAAGCAACCCCAAACCUUUGGGUUUCUCCGUGCUACCGCUCACUAAUCGAGUGUAUCGGAAGCUUGCAGCCGACAGCAGCAGAAAUGGGGUUCAAGUAGAAAGCCUCCCCAUCCAGCUGCCCCAGGAUGAAAUGCCCCCGCACAACGCCGUGGCGGAGAUCUUGCAGGAGGGACCCACCCGCAGGCCUAUCAUUGAAGAGGUUCAGGACAUGGAGUCAGAAAAUUACCGCGCAGCCUUGCAGAGGAUGGCCGAUGAUAUCCUAUCCCUGCGCCGGCACGUAGCCAACCUGGAGGCCGAGAACAGCACCUUGAGGCGCAGCCUCUGCUUGCAUGAGGACGUGGGCCGUGCCCUCUUUCAGGACAUAGACCUCGAUGUCAUGACCAAGGCAGAAAUAGUAGACAAGAUUCUGGCCCUGAAGCAGAAACUGUCUUCUGGAGCUCGGGAGAUGGCCAGGAUGAAAGAUCGGGUGCAAAAGCUGCAGAAUGAAUUGAUCCGGAAAAAUGACCGGGAAAAGGACCUGGUUUUGCUCCAGCGAGCUCACAAGCAGCAGCAGCUCAUGCUCCGGAGAUGCCAGGCUAAGAUAGCCAAGAUGCAAGCGCUGGAAGAUGCCGUGAGGCAGCAGGAAAAGGUGAUUGAGAGGAUGGAGAAGAUGCUGGAAGAUAAGAUGAAGGAGCGGUUGAAAGAUGCAGUCCAGUUCCCAGAUUCGGCCCGAGGUCUGAGCGACAGCUGGUCCAAGGAUCUGUAUUCCACCCUUCUGAUGGAGAACAUGCGGUUGCGGGAUGAACUGGGCAAGUCCUCUUACCGUGCCCCCAUCAUAUUGCAGCAGCAGGCAUUGCCGGACAGUCUCUCCAGCAGCACUGAGAAGCUUUCACUGAUCUCUAAACUGGAGAGGGCCGAAGCCCGCGUCCAUGCCCUGGAAUGCCAGCUGGAGGACUCCUCCAGGAGGUGGGGGCGAGAGAAACAGGAUUACAACAAUCGGCUUCUAGAGCAGGACCUUGGAUUCAGCCGAUCGCCAACCUCC